CAGCAAUUGCUAGUCACACCGCUGGAACGAAGGAAGAGCCUGCUGAUGGGUGUUAGACCGUGCCUAUCAGAAUUGAGCUGCUUCAAAUCAACCUACGGCUCACGGUAGCGCUUUUGUGGCUAAGCUGCCCGUCAAAGCGUUGCCGACAGACAAACAGUGGAACAAACUGGAAGCGGUUGCGCAAUAAACGAGAGCUAGACGAUGCUUGCCUGCUUGGAUGCGUGGUUUGUGGAAAUGCAACGGGUGAUGGAGGCAUGAAUGCAGCAGCCCUGCCAACGUGAAAGAACGGGGACGAGUGAAGGAGCUUCGCAGAGGACGACUCAGGUGAACGUCGCUACAUGCAUCCCGGAUGGGUACCGUCUCCAUGUGACCGCGCGUUCUGUUAUGGCCGGGGGGCAUUUUGAUGCUACGAGAUAAGCGCGCUGCAAUCUCGAAUGAAGGAGGAAGGGGACUAAAACAGGAAUCUUUCGCUAGGUUUGAGGCGCGCUGGCAAUCGCUCUUGCAUUCUUCCAGACGGGCAAUGCCCCUAGGCUUUCGGCACAGGUUCCUCUUUUGGAAACUAAAUAGAGCACAGGGUGUCGCGCAAGAGCGCGGUGCGGGGACACCCCGAGGAGAUAUUUAAGGGUCAUUUGGAGAUCAGAGGACGCGCUGGCGCUGGCCGGUCGGCACACAGACAGUGCAACCUGCUCCACGAGUCCAUUUUAACUGCGUGUUUACUUCCCGUAAAGGCGAGAUGGCACUCCUGUAGGAUCGAGAAAUCUGUCUGCCUCGGAGGUCGUUGCAGGGUCUGUCAUCCUCAUCAUCACAUCGUCAUUAUUCUUAUGAAUGGAUAUUUACAGCGGUGAAUAACGCAGCGAGCAUGCCCACGCCUUCCUGCAUUUUUCACCUUUUGCAAAAAUAGUCAGGUCUCCGUUGUCGAAGGAAUGUCUCCCCUCCUGCAGAAGGGCAGGCGCAAGUGAAGAAGCGUCAGCUGCCACAGUACAGCACCCAAGGGAGCCGUGGACAAAGCGCGAUGUGCCGCUGAAGGAUCGUCUCCUACCGCCUGCAUCGCAGCCCACUGGAAACCGUGCAAUACAACGGAAAGUAACUAAAGCGCCCACUUCGGCUCAAAGGAACCCUCUGCUCGCCCACGGCUGCACGGACCGCCGCCUGCGCGUCCUGGCCAAGCAAAAAUGGGGGAACAGCCCAUCUACAGCACCAGAGCUCAUGUCUUCCAAAUUGACCCAAGCACCAAAAAAAACUGGGUCCCAACCAGCAAGCAUGCGGUGACUGUCUCCUACUUCUACGACAGCACGAGGAACGUGUACAGGAUAAUCAGCUUGGAUGGGUCCAAGGCAAUAAUAAACAGCACCAUCACCCCAAACAUGACUUUCACAAAGACGUCACAGAAGUUUGGACAGUGGGCGGACAGUCGAGCUAACACGGUUUAUGGCCUCGGAUUCUCAUCAGAACACCAUCUAGUGAAGUUUGCAGAAAAGUUUCAGGAGUUCAAGGAAGCUGCUCGAAUAGCUAAGGAAAAAUCUCAGGAGAAGAUGGAGUUAACCAGCACCCCAUCACAGGAAUCCACAGCAGGAGACAUUCAAUCCCCUCUGACCCCAGAGAGCAUCAAUGGCACUGAUGAUGAAAGGGCGACCCCUGAUGUUACACAGAACUCUGAGCCAAGAGCUGAGCCCACGCAGAACGCGUUGCCAUUCACACACAGUUCCACAAUCAGUAAGCACUGGGAGGCAGAGUUGGCAGCUCUGAAAGGCAACAAUGCCAAGCUGACGGCGGCCCUCCUGGAGUCCACAGCCAAUGUCAAACAGUGGAAGCAGCAGCUCGCCGCCUAUCAGGAGGAAGCUGAACGGUUACACAAAAGGGUGACAGAGUUGGAGUGCAUGAGCGGACAAGCCAACGUGAUCAAAUCCCAUAAGACCGAGCUGAACCAAACCAUAGAAGAACUGGAAUCCACGCUGAAAAUGAAGGAAGAGGAAAUCGAGAGACUGAAGGAAGAAAUGGAAAACGCACGUCAGUUGCAGGCUCAGAGAGAUACGCUUACAAAGAAACUUCAGGAAACAGAAACGAGGAACAAAGACUUGGAACUUCAGUUGGCAGAGCUGGAGCAGCGGUUGGAAAAAAGUCAGACGGAGCAGGAAGCCUUCCGCAAGAAUUUAAAAACGCUACUGGAGAUCCUAGACGGCAAAAUCUUUGAACUGACGGAACUGAGGGAUAACCUGGCCAAGUUGAUAGAGUGCAGUUAAAGCCUCACCUGGGAUUUUCUUCCUCCUCCUCCUCCUCCCCUACGUCCACCCCGAUGCCCCAUUAAACCCUCCUCACCCACCCCAGCUUUACCACACAUUAUGAAGAAAACAAGAGUUCUUCCUGCAUCAUUCGUCUGUCACAGACUGAAAGUGUUUGAAACACUGCAACUGCUAAUGAUGACGGGGGCGAUUUUUGGUAACCAGUCCUUUUGGAUUAUUCCGUUCCACUGAGAAAUUGUUUGCUUUAUUUCUCCUUUUUUUUUGUUUUUCUACUAUUCCAACAGGUGAUAUAUUGUGAGUUUGCUUCACCUCAAGUCAGUGAGCAUUAUGAUUAAUAUUGUUGUUAUUACAAUUAUUAUUAUCAAUAUUAAUUUCUUCACGAAAGGUGACAUUGCUAUGGCAGCUGAAGUUCAGAUUGCAUUUUUUUCCCUUCAACUAUUGUGUUUCUAAUAUCAUCAUCGGUUCAACGGGAUGUGUUACUGACUUUGUAAAGCGUUACCAAGAAGAAUAUAAUGCAAUUUUCUUAAUAAAUAGGUAGCUACAGGAAAUCUGUUAGAACAGCCAUAUUACUUACUCCCCAGUGAACAACUGCCCGUCGAGUUUUUCGGAGGUCUGGUCAGAAGUUCCGAGUCGUUUGCAGUCAGACGGCUUGCACCAGGCUGGAGUCGCACGCCCCUGUUUACACUGAGCAAUACUAGAGGGAGCCUUGGGAGACACUGGAAAUCUCUGAGUCAGGUAUUCUACACAGUUUAGUUACUGAUUUAUUUAUAGUGCUUUUUAAAGUCUGCCUGUAAAAAAACAAAUAUAUAUAUAUAUAUAUAUAUAUACGUACAGUAUAUAUAUAUUACAAGAAGAGGUCAGGGAUAGCGGACCUACACACCCCUAGGGGGCGCCUCGUUCUAGAGAAACCUAGUGCAGAGCGUCUUUUCUAAUGAAGCCGUCAGGGGUUCUUUUCUUUCUAUUCCUACUCUUGGACUAAUUUUUACAUGUAAACGUAAUUAAAUACCAGACUGUUUGGUGACAUUCAGAAGACAUUUUAUUGAAGUGCAAUGUUACGUUUGAAUCUUUUUUUUUUUUUUCUUUAAUCUCAUGUGUAAGUGAAUGAAAAGGAAGGAAGGAAAUUGUUUCUUCCUUGGGAUUUUAAUUAUUUUUUUUUUGUUUCUCUCGUCCCUCUUGAGUUUUCCUUUCGGUUUUCUUUUUCUCUUGAGCAGUACUUGGUAUUAUGAUUGUAUUUUUAAAAUGACAUAAAAUAUUUUGAACUGUUUUCAGAAACCAGCGGCUUAAGUUGGUACUGUCUGAAGUCAACGACGUGAUGCAAUUAAUGAUUACAGGAAAAGAACAAAUUGCCAAAUACCUUUUCCUGCACAGUAUAUUUAUAAAAUCUGUCUUUGUUCGAAGGAGGCCCUCAUUAAGAGCUUACCAAGACUCCAGGUAUGAAUUGUGGGGUUUUAUUGUUAUUGCCAAAUAAAUCUCUUGACGCCACUUGAUGAGAACUACUUGUUAAGAGCCUGCGUAGCGACCUCCUGAUUAUAGUAAACUGUACGGGGGGGCUGCAGGCCUGCAGUCGUCAGCUUUAAAGCCUCAAAAUGGGGGAAUAUCCUUAGACUAAUUCUUUAUUAAUUUAACUUUUCUUGUGAUGGAUACAAAAUUGUAAUCUAAAGAAUUGGAUUGGUAUUCUUUUGGUAGAACCUUCUCUCCUUUCUAGAUACUUUAGACCGUAGUUUGACCUUAAGUAGUUCUCUGCAGGUUGGGAAGUUCAAAUAAAUGCUGUUGUAUAAAAAUCAACCCCCUUGGUUUGGGUGCAAAGGGACCCUGCAGUAUCCAACAGAGAGGUGGCUAGGAAUCUACCGGUGAUACAUGGGUAUCGGUCGUCUCUAUAUUCUGUUUAGCUAAUUGAGCUGAAACAAGGGAGUCCUGUAAAACGACAAAUUACAAGUUUUAUUUUGAAAUACAGUGACACUAUUAUAAGAA